AUGUCUCAGCCGAACCCGACACAAAACGUGACGCCAGAUCAAGAGCGGAGCCGGAGGAAGAAGGCAAACCCUGGCCGGAUUGGAGAAGGCUUGAACGAGUUUGGGUUCCGUAGGGAGCUCUACGUGAUUGCGCUCCGACAACUUGCGAAAAAGCAAGCCCUUCGGCCCACCGGCUACGGCGAUAUGGACCUGGGCUGUCUACGCCAUCCACAGGUCAAACUGAGAGCUCGAUUCGCCUUUGUUCCCGCCGAGCUGGAAAUCAAGGCGGGCGACGUCGAUGCGGUAGCAGAGCAGUAG